GGAGCAGUAUCUGGGCACAACCACAGAGAAUUCAAACUGCUAUGUCCUUGUAUUCUCAAUCGCUCUCUGGCUUGGUUUUGCUUGUCGACAAUAGAAUUAACUCCUAUACUGGGAUUAAAAAAGGUUUGUACUCAGUACUAUAUGCUAUAUUAAGGGAUUAUUAUUUAUUUUACUAUUAAUAUUUAAUGUUUCAUAAGCACUUUGAAGAUUUAAAAUACAGCAAUAAGUUUAUUGUAAGAACGAUUACGGGGGAGGGAGGCAUCAGAAGAGUGAAAUAGGAAUGGAAUGAAAUUGAUUGGUAUAUGAAUUAAUCAAGCCUGGUUUAAGAACAGUUUGUUCUUUUCUGUAGAGUUUGCGUCUAUAUGUCAACGAUCAACUGACUUUCAUUUCCCCGAUUUGGAUAAGCAGUUUUGUAUGAUUCAACAGAAUUUGGAAGAAAGGCAAAAAAAGAAACUUGCUGAGAAAAAAACUGACAAGGUUGCUGAGACAAAAACUGACGAAGCUUUUAAAACUUCAACCAUCGAAACUGGUGAGUCAUUGCCUUGAAAUAUUUCACAAUCUACAUUCACUGUAUUAUAAAGUGCGUAUGGUAAUGUAAUUUCCCUUUCUUCCCGAUUAAUUUUAGUCGGCACGGCCACAACCAUUUAACGGGAAGUUGUGUUUGUGACCGUGGAUUAUAGACAUGGAGGCGACGCCUGAGUGUCUAUAUUCACCAUAGACAACAAGGCUGAGUCUUUGGACUGAAUUUGGUCUAGUCCUAGUUCUGCCUAUCCACAGGCCCUACUGUACCAUGGGAAGGUCACACCAAAUUCAAAUAAAAAUGGUUUCAUAGUGGCGUACAUAUUUAUUUCUCUUCCAGGUAACUUUUACAUCACACGUCAUUCCAAUCUUUCUCAAGUCCAUGUUGUAUUUCAUCUUGUUGUUGAUGACUCGUUGAAGGAACCCACUCUCGGAGCGCGGAAUGCAAUCGUCAGUGGUUUACGCAAUGUCCUUCAUACAGCAUCACGUCAAAAUGUCCACACUAUAACACUUCCUGUCUUGUUGGCAGAGGAAAUGACGGAGGUUUGUAUAUAUAAAAUUUUAGACGUACCAGGAGCAGAUGCGAAAAAUGUAACUAUAGGUUCUCUGGUAGGAAUCGAACCUGCAGCCAUGCGGUUCCAGUCAAGCGCUCUAACCAACUGAGCUACAGCGGAGUACUGAGUCUAUGCAGUUGUCGAGAUCCAACCACAAGUUGUUAUAUAUAUACCUUAUAUAACUAAAAGAGCAAUAAAACUAAAACAAUUGUUGAUAUACAGCUAUUUCAGUUAAGGUUGUCCACGAGCAAAGCGAAAGAGUCGAAUACGAGCGCGAAAGGCUGCUGGGAAUCGUUAACAAAUUAAUGAAAAAAAUAGCUGUAUGUCAUGCAUGCCCAUUUCGAUGCCAUAUUGACAAAGAUAAAUGCAUUUAAGCAGGAGUAAAAGUAAACAUUUUUGCAACUGACGAAAUUAACUAAAAAUGGCUUAUUAAAUAUUAAUACAACAAAUAAGUUGUGUUGAGACGCAUUCGGAUACAUACGGUUUGAAUAACAAGCUUUCAUAAAUUUGGAAAAUUACUAUAAAAUACAUUGUACUGGACGUGCUUCUCCAACCCCUACCUCGACAAUUUCAUAGGGAUUUGGGUAAUGUGUUAAAGUCACAUAGUAGCUGUAUUUAACCAAAUGUGGUCAAACUUUGAAUACCUACUAAAUUGGAGGUUGUUCUUUUCAAUGAUUGGGUACAUUUUCUACUUUUGAAUACUCUAUCCCAGUCUCCUCAUCAACUUCAGAAUGGCUAAUGUUGCAACUGAGAUUAUUUUGAAUUUCAGGAUAUGACAGUCUCGUGGUGCACAAGGCGAGCGGAAUUGGUGUUAAAAUGUGUCAAAGGUGUGUAACAUGAAUGUUUCAGUGUUUGUAUAGAGGCUUAUAUAAGCCGAUGAAAGGUAAAAUAAAAAGAUAACCUCUCAAGAACUCUGGCAAUUCCUAGCUUGAAAGAGUUUAUAUUCCAGUAUACUAAACGGACAACGUUUUCAUUAUUUAUUUUUAAUAUAGAAAAAGCAGCUCAAAUCAGUCCAAUACUACUGUAGCCUCCUCCGGAGGGACAUACAUAUAUAUAUAUAUAUAUAUAUAUAUAUAUAUAUAUAUAUAUAUAUAUAUAUAUAUAUAUAUAUAUAUAUAUAUAUAUAUAUAUAUAUAUAUAUAUAUAUAUAUAUAUAUAUAUAUAUAUAUAUAUAUAUGAGUUUUAGUUCAUAGAUAUCUAACAUUCUCAGAAUGUUGAAUCAAAUCGAACCUGAUCCAACAUUCUUUAACAUCUUGAUCCAACAUCCUUUAACAUCUUGAUCCAACAUCCUUUAACAUAUUGAUCCAACAUCCUUUAACAUCUUGAUCCAACAUCCUUUAACAUCUGCCUACAUAAUACAUACCAAACAUAAUGCUCAAAUACACCAUAGCCUAUCAAAGGGAAGAUGGCUUUGAAAUUCAUUAGAAUAACAAUAUGAACUCAUUAUCUAUGUUAGUCAACGUUUAUUCAUAAAUGUGGUCCUUCACCUUCAUUGUAUUUUUGCCAAAUCCACCAAUAGCAAUUUCCAUGCAAUUUCCCUAUUGUUCGAGUCAUGGCCGGAUAAGUAACUGUCCUAACACAUUGCUAUUGGUACCCUGCGAGCAAAGUCCUCUCGUAUUUCUACUCGGCACGGCACGGAGAAGCGAGAGAGACUGCAGAACUUGUGUAUAAAUUCAUUUGAGCAUGCGCUAUUAGGUUGCUAAGCAACUGCCUAUUUCCAGAAGAAGAUUUAAUAAGUAGUUUCCGGUUCGGAUCAAAACCGGUUAUAAAACCGGUAUCAACCUGAAAUUACGCAUAAUUAUCCAAGUUUUUGGAUUGUCGGCUCCACAAAGAAUAUACACAAGUUCUGCAGAGUCUCUCUCGCUUCUCCGUGCCAUGGCGAGAAGAAAUACGAGAGGACUUUGCUCGCAGGGUAUGCUAUUGGUUAAGUUGGGCAAAAAUACAAUAACACAUGCAUGGGAGUGUGAAGGACCAGAUUUAUAAACUAUAUAUAAUUUAUAAAGUUAUCUAUGACUAACAUAGAUAAUGAGUUGUCUUGUUGUUCUAAUGAGUUUCACAGCCAUCUUUCAUUCGAUAGGCUAUGAAUGGACCCAUGUUCACAAUAUUGAAUGCUGUUGGACCAACAACUGGUUUGAACGGGCCUGUAAUUACGACUUAAUGCACACCUCUAAUCAGUUUGAAAAUAAGAUGAUACAUCGAUAUAUGGAUUGUGAAUUUUUUCUUAAUAGGUUUUAUGAUGGAGUGUGCGUCCUGGAGUGGAUCUGAAUCAUUUAAUAUUCAGUUUGUUCUGCCGAAGGUGAGUAACGAUGUUAGAAAUCAAAUGAUAUGUGAUUAAAAGUCUUGCCCUUUAGCACGAAUGCACUGAUUUCGUCGGAAAACUUGUUCCCAAAGGAAUGUAUAGGAUAAUAUACUGAGUCAAAGCCAGGCAAACGUUCUAUGUGCUAAAGCCAUUUCCUCACAAAGUUGUCUCAAGUUUAUUGCAUUGUCGCGCAUGAACAUUCCAAACGAAAAAAUGAAUUAAUUAAAGGUAAAUUCAUUGAAAUUGGCAAUAUAGACCUGGACGAAACGGCAACAGUGUUCAAAUAAGCCUUUUUAUGUCAUUUUUAGUGGAAAUCUAAUUCAAAAUUCAAACAUUUAUAUCUUUCAAUAUAUUCCAUGAAAGUUCGAGUAUUAUACAUCAAAAUUAGGUUUUCCUUGAUAUAUAUAUAUAUAUAUAUAUAUAUAUAUAUAUAUAUAUAUAUAUAUAUAUAUAUAUAUAUAUAUAUAUAUAUAUAUAUAUAUAUAUAUAUAUAUAUAUAUAUAUAUAUAUAUAUAUAUAUAUAUAGCCGUUUUACGAUUUUUUUUGUACGUUACAUAUUUACAUUAAAUCAGAAGAUAUAUUCAAUGUUUUACAUCAGUGCAUGCAAAUUAUAUUUUCUUCAUUUUUUAGGAUAUUUCAUCAGAUAUGUUUCACACACUGAGUAACAUGUUGCCAAGCAUAUUCCGUGUAUCCAGGACACUAGACUUGCAAGACUUAUCAAGAAAGUGAGAAAGAUCAUGGGAGAAGCAAAGUCAUUGGUAUACAUGCAUCACACUCAACCCACUUUAAUAAAUGAGUAGCAAGGCCGUCGGAAGCGGGCGGGGCUGGGGACUUGAGCCACCCAAAUAAUUUCUGUUUGUAGAAGCAAAACACACAAAAGAACGAGAAAAGUGGGAAAUCAAUUCAGAUUUAUCCUUGAGCGCCCCCAUAUUGAUUUACUUCCGACGGCCUUGAAAAGCAAGGAUUUGAAAACAAUAUUGACUUAGAGGAAUGGACGAAGAGUAAUUAACUGCAAUGUAUGUUAGAAGAGGGUGGAAGGCUAAUCGGGACCUUUCUUGUUAUGGGCUGCCCUUGUUAAUAUUUUAUUGAUUCGGGGUGCAUGAUUGGCAUGGUUCGUAACCUUGGCAGAGUCUUUGAAAUCCUUGAAAGUCUUUAAAUUUGAAUGUAAGUCUUUAAGGUCUUUGAAAAUUCUUUGAAUUGUGUGAAAAAGCGAAGAAAGUCUUUAAAAGUCUUUAAAUUAUUUAGUGAAUAUUUCAUUAUACGAUUUCCUAGCUAAUAUAAUAGAUUGCUUGAAGCAAGAUUUUCGAAAAUAUAGACGAAAAAGUGCAUUUUAGGAUGUGAUUUGACCAGACUAAUUACCUGGUAAAAAUGGUGCUUAUACAUCGCAAUUUUUCAACAGUUCAUUGCUCUCAAAGGUCUUUGAAAAGUAUUUGACAAUAAGCAGAAAAAAUCUUUGAAAGUCUUUGAAUAUUUUUGGUCUUGGAGACUACGAACCCUGCUCGAGAGCCCCAAAUAGUGUUGCAAAUUGCAUAAUCAUAGCCUGGAACGUUCUUUGCAAAUGUAUAUAUAGUGUUCAAAUUAGGAGGGGUUGAAAGUUUUGUAUAGAUGGAAAUUUCGAAUGUAAAUUUUAUACACAUAUUAGAUCCUAAGCAGGAGCAGUUGAGAAAAAUGCAACUAAUGGCUCUAUCGCAGAAAUUGAAACACACAGAAUUCCAUUUGUGGAGCUAUAACCGCAAGUUCAUGUAUAAAUGUAUAGAAUUCACACUCGUAGUUUACAUCUGCAAAAUCCUUCAAGAAUUAGUUCUAUCUAAUGAGAUGACCCAAAUCCUGUUAUUCAAAAUGAUACGGAGUAAUUUUAAUUUUAAUAAUCUGUAAUUGAUUAAUAUGGAUGUUUAUGGAAGUAAUUUAUGUGGCUCCAAUAAAUAUAGCGUCACUAUAUUGGAAUCGUGUAUUUAAAGUUACUAUGUUACCUACAGUUUCUAAUAUAUAUAUCA